CUUAAAACAAGAAAGAACAAAUAAUGGCAACAAUGAUCCAAAGUCUCUCUUCUUUCUUUUGCUUUCUCUCUCUUUUAUCUCUUCUCUUCUCUACAAACCUAACCAUAUCCCAAUCUGACCACAUCCACAUGAGCACCUUCUGCAACCUAUUCUCCGACAACUUCACACAAACCAGCCCAUACGAGACAAACCGUGAAACCGUACUCUCCUCUCUCCGCCUCCGUUCCUCUCUCGGAUCCUAUUCCAAUGCCACGGCCGGUCUUAGCCCUGACACCGUCCGUGGUAUGUUCCUCUGUAGAGGAGACAUCUCGGAAACAUCUUGUUCAGACUGUGUUCAAACCGCAACCCUAGAAAUCGCAAAGAACUGCACUUAUCAAAAAGAAGCUUUCAUAUUCUAUGAAGAGUGUAUGGUACGUUACUCGGAUUCCUCCUUCUUCUCCCUCGUAGACGAAAGACCUUACAUCAUUAGAUACUCUUUGAGUUAUGCUCCUAACUUGGAACGGUUCCCACAAACACUCUCCGAUAAAAUGGACGAGCUUAUCAUCAAUGCGACUUCUUCCCCAUCGCUGUCAUCAACACCGUAUUUCGUAGAGGAUCAAGAACGUGUGAAACAAUUCGAGGGAUCAUUUGAUAUUGAUUCACUUGCUCAGUGUAGUCCAGAUCUUGAUCCAAGAAACUGCACAAUGUGUCUGAAACUUGCGAUCAAAGAAAUGUUGGAAUGUUGCAACCAGUCUCGUUGGGCUCAGAUAUUUACUCCUAAAUGCCUCUUGAGGUACGAAGCUACCGCUUUGUCGUCACCACCUCCACCAUAUCCGUCACCUCCACCACCUUCUCCACCACUUUUCUCUCCAUUCUUGCCGUCUCCCCCGCUUUUCACGCGGCCGCAAACAACGUCAGGUUUUAGCGGGUCAUCUUCUAUUAACGUUAUAAAAGGAAUCGAAUUAUUUGGGAAAUUUUUUAUUGCGGCCAUGACAGCUUAUGUGUUAACACUUAUGGGUGUAGGAAUGUAAAGAUGACUUUAUAUUGGUCGUCUGAAGUGUAAUGUGUUAUGUUCUUGUCUCAUAGGAUCCAAACCCCCUCAAAUUAUGUUGUUUUUUCUGUGUGUUUUCAGUAUCCUUUUUGUUGAUUUUGAUAUUUAGUUUGAAUGGUUUUGUCAAAAACACAAUUGUAUGGUUUGCAGAGAUAAAAGAAAUUUGAUUUU